AUGGCUCAACAGCCCCACGACAUGACUUAUCUCGAUUACGGCACGGCCACCAACCGGUCGCCUAGCUCCUCGAGACAAAAUUAUGGCUUUGCCCCUGGCCUGUCCAUGCCCCGACAGACGCAGCGACCCUUUGAUGCACCUCUGCCUUCAAACAACCUUUACUCCUCCGAUAGACUGGCCGGUAGCUAUGGAAGCCGAGCCAUGGACACUAUUAGCGGCGGCGGUGCCAUGCCUGGAUACAUGAUGGAUAACGGCCAAACAUGGAACUACAACGGCGCCGGUGUGGCUACCGUCGGAGGCAACGUGCAUGGCUCACAAAGGCAGCGAAGCGUUAACCGCCGCGCUGCUUUGCCGACUAACUGGACCGAACAUGGUGGAAUGGGCAUGCCUAACCUUCAGUCCUACUCGAAUGGCCUUGCUGGCGCUUCCAUGUCAAACGGUGGCCUCCGUGUUGAUGCUCCUGGAUCUCACCCGUCCCCAAACAGCCUUCAGUCUGUCGGAAACGACGCAGAUCAGCUGAUUCCUACUGCCAUUGUUAUCAAGAAUAUUCCAUUCGCCGUGCGCAAAGAAACUCUUGCUUCGAUCAUGCUGGAUAUGCAUCUCCCCCAACCCUAUGCCUUCAACUACCACUUUGAUAAUGGAGUUUUCAGAGGACUCGCCUUUGCCAAUUUCCAGUCCGCCGAAGAUACUCGUAUCGUAAUCGAGGCGAUGAAUGGAAUGGACGUUCAUGGCCGGAAGCUGCGAGUCGAGUACAAGAAGAUGCUUCCCGAGGCUGAGCGCGAGCGUAUCGAGCGAGAAAAGAGGGAGCGCCGAGGUCAGCUGGAGGAGCAGCACCGCGCUCCUAUUCUGCACAGCCAGAGCUCGCUUCAGAGUCUGGGUGGAAUGUCCCAAGCUCAGGCGCGCACCCCUUCUGCCGCCCCUGCCUCUUCCAUCUCUCAUCUCGGCGAUAUUGAUCUGAACGACCCCCAGACCCUUGAAUUCUACACCGAACUUGCCAUGUUUCGAAGAGAUGAUUCGCGUGAAAUCUUGGUGUUCCCUCCUGGAAUUGCACCCGAGCACCGCCGGUCUAUCCACAUCCUCGCUCACCACAUGGGCCUUGAGCACCAGUCUAUUGGUGAAGCUGACUCCCGACAGCUAACCGUGCUGAAGCGACGACAGCCCUCCCCUACCGCCGAUCUCCAUACGCCCCCUGCCAGCAGCUUGGAUGUUCACAAGCGUGGCUUGAGCCGGGCUGCCACAUUCGACUUUGCCGCCGACCGAGAGUCUCGAGCGGCCAGCAGCAACUAUGCUCAUCUUGUUGGUCGACAUGGGCCUACUCUUGAACUUCCUGGUAGCCCAGAUGGAGCUGGAAUUCCCAACAACCUGCGUGCUGCCAAGAGCUUUGCCGACCUUCGCUCGUUUACUCCCAGCCCCUCUCAGGCAUCAUCGAGCUACCUGGCUCCUGGCAGCGGACUGAGCGGUAUGACGCCUGCAUCGACUGCUCGAUUCGGUGACUAUCUCAGCAACGGUAGCCAAUCUCAGAGUGGAAACCCAAGCACUCCCGGUGCAAAGAAUGAUAAUGGCCUUGUCAGUGGCCUCAGCGGGCUGAGCCUGUCUCCUUUCGAGGCGAGCGGGCUGCAGUCCCAGGCACGCAACACUCCUGGUGCAAUUGGCAGCCAGCGACCCAGCGCCAACGGCAAUGGCACUACCAAGGGUGCCCCUGAGAGGCAGCCGCGUGGCCCAGAAUGGGAGACCUCGAACGGCUUUGGUCGUACUCGAGCAAAUGGCCACAUGCAACGCGGUAGUGAUUCCUCAGACAAUGGAGCUCGCGUUGGCACCAGCUCCACUAAUGCUUCACGAUAUCACUAAACUCAUACAACACGCGUCUACUCGCUCUCUUCUGUGUGCUGCGUGCGGCUUACUGAGAGAGAGCCGAUGGACUGCCCUUUGGGGGGGAUUCGGAGCAGGCUUUCUGCGUCGCAUCCCUCGCCUCGCCCUCACCCAUUGCUUUUUAUGACUUGUAAUAUUGAUUUUUCUUCAGGACGACGAGAGUUUUCGGUGAAUCCAGGACGAUUGAUCAAAAUAGUGGCAUG